UACCACUUAUUUUCCUCCUCUCCCACUCACUCUUCCAAUUUUAUUUCCUUUGAAGCAUACAACAUAGCUGCUUACUGGCUGUUUGACGAAAAACAUCCAUAGUGUGGCUUUUACAGAUUGUACUGGAAGGGUACAUAGCCAAACUGUGGGAGCUGCUCAGUCGAUACACAAUUCCUUCUACAGAAUCUCUCCGCAAUGAAUUCGUUAAAAUGACCUAUUCCAAUGGCAGGGGUUUAUUAACUGUGCAAUAGCACAAGUUGAAAUGUGUGAGAAAUAAGGUUAAAUGUAAAGAGGAUCAUUAAUGCCCUUGUCCACCACCCACCGGCUGGAAAUUGUUUCCCUAAACUUAGUAUGUUGUUAGCAUAUAGGUCAACCUUGCUUUAGUGUAACUGGGAGGGCUCUGCAGAGUGAUAUAAUUGCAGAGACUGAGAAAGAGUAUAAUUACUCCACAAAAAUUCCAGACUCAAAUUAAACAGAACAUGAUUGGUAUGCAUGCACACAAAAUGUGAUAUUUUAAAACCUUAUUUUUUUUACAUUAGGUGCAUAUCAUUUUAGGAACGUCGGUUGUGUGUGUGUGUAUUUGUCUGAGGUUUGUCUGCGUGUGCUUACAUGCUCCAUGUGUAUUUGGGUAUCUGGGCGUUAAACACAAUAUGUAACUACAUCAUGUGUAAUAAAUGUACUGCAUACAAGUGGAUGACACUAAAAUGGUAUAGUAGGCAUGAUUAACCCAUGCCUCCAGAAUAGGUAUGACGUUUUGUUCCCAGUUGUAUGCCUCAAUUAGUAGCUUAACCUAUAGCUCAUCUAUGCUUGAAUUGAAAAGAAAGUCUAUGAACACAGUCAUACAUUGUCACACAUUGUAAACUCUACCGUUUUGGAACACAUUGGAUUGUUAGGGGUUGUUGCUGUCAGGAUCUCUAAAUAUCAGUUUUUGGGGUGUUUUUUCCCAGAGAGAACUCUACAUGAAUGGCUAACUUUGCUAAUGACUGCAUGCAUAGUGUGUAGCUACUGGUGUAAUUUGUGUGGCGCGGGGGCGUUCUCUCCAGACAUACUCAAACAAUACGAGAAAAUAGGACUGCAUGAGCCCGGGCAAUAUAGUUACUUCACUUUCACAGCGCUCAGGCAGCCAUUCUAAAAACACAUUCAUAGUUCAGUUGACUAGGAGGCUAGGGGACGUAAAAAAGGUGUAAAUAAAAACAGCCGUCCCCAUAGAGACAAGGCGUUCUUCACACCAGAGUUUUUGGAUCAAUCACGCAGACAGUGGCUUCUUUUGAUUAAACCCCAAAUUGUCAUUGGGCAGAAGUUAUCAUGUGACUUGGCUCCAAUUUCAACCAUGUCUCCAUGAAUUCAAUAGUUUAAUAGCUGUUCGGUCACCAUACGGCCGUAAUCAGUGAAUUUGAAAAAAAUGCCACCACCUCUUUCUCAUUGAGCCGCUACAUUUAUAAAAAUACGCGCAGCAAACUUUCCUCGGCUCUCAGCGAGCGGAGAUGAAUUACGAAUUCGAGCGAGAGAGCGGUUUUAUCAAUAGUCAGCCUUCGCUUGCUGAGUGCCUGACAUCUUUCCCCCCUGUCGGUGAUUCAUUUCAAAGUUCAUCAAUCAAGAGCUCGACGCUUUCACACUCGACACUGAUUCCUCCUCCUUUUGAGCAGACCAUUCCCAGCCUCAACCCAGGCAUCCACCCGAGGCAUAGCCGGCCCAGACACAGCCCCGAUGGAUGCAUCCCGCUGCCCACUGCCUCCCUACCCCCGGAAUACCCCUGGAUGCGAGAGAAGAAAGCCUCCAAGAAGAAUCACCUGCCGACUUCCACCGCGACUGCCAUAACGAGUGGACUUGUAUGCUUCUCCCCGGAAGGUUCGCCGGAGAUUCUAGAGAGUGGAGGAGAGGGUUCCCGGCGGUUGAGGACUGCGUACACCAACACACAGCUCCUGGAACUGGAGAAGGAGUUCCACUUCAACAAGUAUCUGUGCCGACCGAGAAGGGUGGAGAUAGCCGCCCUGCUGGACCUCACCGAGCGGCAGGUUAAAGUAUGGUUCCAGAACCGGCGCAUGAAGCACAAGAGGCAGACCCAGUGCAAGGAGAACCACAAUGGCGAAGGGAAAGAGCCGAGUGCUGAGGACAGGACCCAGAGCGACGAGGAGGAGGAUGAGGGCUCGGUGUUUGAGCAGAGCCUCAAUAUAGUGACCGGGGCCCUUAUGGAGAGAGGGGCCUGUUCCUUUCAGCAGAACUCACUCAGUACUUCCCAGCAGCUCCAGAAUGUUGGCCCGCACAAUGGCGUGGCCCAGAGUUACACAGUUUUACCACUGAGCAGCAAUGACAAAAAUCUGAAGCAUUUCCCCAACCCGUCACCCACUGUUCCAGGCUGCGUGUCAACAAUAGGGCCCGGCUCUGCACCUGGCCAGGACAAUGGCGGUAGUCCCGCGGCCCUGGACGUCUCGAUACAAGACUUCCAAGUAUUCUCCUCGGAUUCUUGCCUUCACUUCUCUGAUGCCACCUCGCCUAGUGUGUCAGAAUCCCUGGACAGCCCCGUGGACAAUCUGGACAUAUCUACCGACAACUUCUACUUUUUCUCGGAGUCAUUAACUACAAUUGACUUACAGCAUCUGAGCUAUUGAAAUCAAUGAAAAAUAGAGCGAGACUUUCAACCUGGAACAUUUAAAGAUAGAAAAAAACUCCGGUAUUAACUAUGAAGUAAAUGUUGGUGGUUGUUUGAUAUGAUCGGCACAUUUCCUUUUUAUUGAUGAAUUGAUUAGGCCUAGUCGAUUAAUUCAAGGUAAGAGUCUGGAAAAAUAUACCAUUGUGGCCUGCAAUUACAAUAACACAAUGAUUUCUUAAGAUGCAAUAAUAUGGGUAUGUGAAAAGUUGCACAAUAGUAUGAAUUCUGGUCAUUUUAUUUUUGUAUAGCUUACAGUGCCAUGGAUAUUUUUGUUAGAAUAAAUCUGACUUGCUAUAAGGAACUUGCAAGAUUGUGUUUUGUUAUUAUUAUCCAAACCUUUUUAUCAAGUGUAAAGUGUAUUUUUGAUCAAAUGAAUUUUUAUCAACCCCCCAAAAUAGAAAUAAGGCAUUACCAAUCGAUACAAUGUUUAGUAGCUCAUUCUGAAUACAAAUUUACUCGAAUUAAUUUGCAAGUCAAAAUAGUGUGAUGAAAGCAGGCCAAUAUAGCCGUAUGUCGGAGUAUAAAUCCUAUAGUUAUUCUAAUAAAUGCAUGGUUUAUAUUCUAUUAUAGGCUAAGCAUAAAUGUUUAGUCGAUAAAAACGAACCUUCAUCGUGGAGGCCUUGAGCCCUUGAUAUUGUAUUCUGUUUAUGUUAAUUAAAAUUAGCACCCUUUUCAUGAUUUUUCAGUGAUAUAAAUAGCUAUGCAAUUUGAGAA